AUGUCGACUACCAGCAUCCAUACCAUGCCUAUAGGGCUUGGUCUCUCUCCGACCAAGUCGAACCUCACGCAACAGAUUGAACAGAGCGAAGGCGAACGCACUCCCCGGAGUUCCAGAACCUCUACCAAGGGCUCCCCCAAACCACGGUCUCUCUCUGACGCCCCCAAGCCCGUUCUCUCUCCCUCGCCAGCCUUUCGAGAACCUCUGCGACGAAUCUCCAAGGAUGACUCUGCGAUUCCAAUUCCCAGCACUCCCGCUCGCCCCCCAAACCAUACUCGAGGCCUUUCCCUGCACAUGCCAUCAAAAGACUCUGUUGGAACAAGCACAGGUCCCACCAUCCCACGAAUUCCGUUAUCACCGAAACUAGAUUCGUCCUAUGUCUAUGGUUCGCCCUCUUCCAUGCUCCCAAGAAGAUCACGGGGCCUGGAUUAUACAAGGGCAUGCACAAAUUUACACCAUUCUACGCUGGCAGAAGCGUCUCCAGAUGCAUCGCCCAUCACCGGGAGAGGGAUACAAAUUCCUCAAAGGAGAAGUCUCGGGAAUACCGUGCUUGACUCACCAAGCAAUCAAUCUAACGCGUUGUGGUCCUUGUCAAACGACAGAACAAACCUGUCAAGCUCUGUCAGCUCUGUGAAUAUGAUGGGCUCUGAUUCCGAUUCUGAGUCUGAUACUUCUUCGGACGAUAUGGCCAUCGAUCGUGAAAUGGAUGAGGCUAUACUGAGCACACCUGCGGCGUCAAGGUUGAACCGGGGGCCGAUGCCAGGCUGGGUGAACAGCCCUGGUAUGGAAUGGAUGAACAAUCAACCAUCGCCAGCACAAGCAAGUCUCAUGAGUUUCCAGCCGAGCUUGAUGAGUUUCAGGAGAGCCCGUACGCGGAAGGGCAAAAGCCAACACAGCUCCAGCAGUGUGAGCAUGAACAGCUCCAAACCCUCACCGGGACCUUUGUCACCUGGCAUUCUGAAAAGCGUUGAGAACGCAGGCGGUAGUUACUUUGGAACGGGGCUAACCAAACAACAAGUCCAGUCUCGGCGUGAAAGUUUAAGUCUGGGCACCAACGAUUUGCAUCUGUCAGAUAGCGAAGACAAUAACACCACCAGAGGAAACACCGGCCACUCUCUUUCAGACAUGGAUGGUGCAAAUGGCGAGGACCCCAGGAAGGUCAUUCGCAGAGCUGUCACACGCAGAGGCAAUUUACUUCCCAAGACAAAGGGAUUCGCCCGAAUUCGUGCUCAGCUGUUGGAAGAGGCCGCUCCGAUCGAAAGUGAAGCACGACGUGAGGCAGAAGUCAUUCGCCAAGUCCAUGAGAAUGAGCCGACCGUCUCACAGCCUAAGUCUCCGACAAUUCCCGCCCAUCAGAACAACAAUUUUACAGCCGAACCCAUAGAGGAGUCGAUCGAAGAUAUGAUAAUGGACAACAAAGGUUUACUUCCUCCUGAUAGCUUCAGUCGCCAGGCUGAGAGGAACUCCGCGGGAAUUGGGUUUUGGAACGCAUUCGACGAGCGCUAUCGCACUCCUCCGCCAACUUUACGACCGCGCCAAAGCUCUUCGGCCAUCAGCGACGACAUGAUGGAUACUCCUGGCUCCUCACUUGACAAUCCUGCCCUAAAGCAUUUCAACCGAUCCAGAUCAAGGUCGACCACUCCCUUGGCCUCCAACCCACCUACCGCAGGAGAUGUCGCCCGACGAGUCAACAACAAGCGACGCCGCGAGGAAGACUUUGAUCCAUCAUACACCAAACGCCGAGCGGUCUCCCCCGGCAUGAGCGUCCAGAGCAGUCCUAUCCUGCCGCAAAGCCCUGUUCUCACAAACGACAAGGCGUGGUCCAAAUUGCCACCAAAGGGGUCCGGACAUGGCCAUGGAGAUCGCAGCAAUAGCGGGAGCAGUCAUAAUGGAACGAAGAAGAUUGGCCUGCAAGGCAUGACUGAGACGAAUGAAGGCAUCAUGAGCAUGAGCAUUGAUUAG